AUGAUAUUGUCUCAGGCUGGAUUUUGCGUGGGAUAUCUUAUUUUUAUUGGUAAUACUUUGGCUAAUCUUUUCAAUCCAAAGUCGCCUAACGGCUUGAGUUACCAAGUUUCUAGUUUGGGGGCGGAACUUUUAGGUUUAUCUUCCAAGAGUUGGUUUAUAUGGGGUUGUUUUCCAUUUCAAUUGGGUUUGAAUUCGAUUAAGACUCUGACCCAUUUGGCGCCUUUAAGUGUAUUCGCUGAUGUUGUUGACCUUGCCGCCAUGGCAAUGGUGAUGGUGGAGGAUGUGUUUAUUUCGUGGAAGCAAAGACCUGAUGUGAUUACUUUUGGGGGUUUCUCUGUGUUCUUUUAUGGGAUGGGGGUGGCUGUUUAUGCUUUUGAAGGGAUUGGAAUGGUUUUGCCUCUAGAAUCCGAGAUGAAAGAUAAGGACAAGUUUGGAAGGGUUCUGGGAUUGAGUAUGGCUUUCAUUUCUCUUAUCUAUGGGGGAUUUGGCGUCAUGGGUUACUUUGCUUUUGGUGAAAAUACCAUGGAUAUUAUCACUGCUAAUUUGGGUACAGGACUAAUGAGCGCUUUGGUUCAACUGGGCCUUGCUAUAAACCUUUUCUUCACAUUUCCACUGAUGAUGCACCCUGUCUAUGAAAUUAUUGAGAGGCGGUUUUGGGAUGGGAUAUAUUGCUGGUGGAUGAGAUGGUUACUGGUGUUGGCUGUCACUUCGGUGGCUCUGUUAGUACCAAAUUUUGCUGACUUCUUGUCCUUGAUUGGAAGCAGUGUAUGUUGUGGUUUGGGAUUUGUUUUGCCUGCUUUGUUUCACUUGCUGGUGUUCAAAGAAGAGAUUGGGUGGAGACAGUGGACUUUGGAUACUGCAAUUGUGGCGCUAGGUGUUAUUCUUGGAGUUUCAGGAACUUGGUCUGCUUUGAAGGAGAUCUUCUCUGUGAAAGUAUAGCAAGGAUAGAGUUGAAUACAAGUUUGAACUUUUAAGGUGCAGUGUGUGGAUUAUUGAUGGUAUGGACAAGAAACUGAUAUCAUCACUGUCUGAAAAAUUGCCUUACGGAUCAGAAGGUAUGAUGAUUCGAUAACUGAUAUCAUCACUGUCUGAAAAAUUAUCUUACAGAUCAGAAGUUGAGAAGGUAUGAUGAUUUAUCCUAGGAGGGAGAAAUAUACGAUUACUUGGGUAAAAUCUACUUUACCAUCUUAUCACUAUUUUUCUUAAUGAAUUCUUCUAGUGAAAAGGAAAUAUAAGUUAUAGAUGACUUAGUGUGCACUGUUAAAAUAGUUGGAUACCCUAGAAGUUGUAAAUUAUAUAUAGCAUUUGUUGUUAAUACUUGUGUGCUUCUCCUACCGCUGUUGUGUGGUCUUCACGAAGGAAAUGGAAACAAAUUCUUUUUCUCCCUAUCUCUUUGAUUUCAGCUAAUUGUAAGAAUCCUCUUUAGUGUUAGA